CUGAGCUGUGGUGGGUGGUUGGCUCCCUGCAGUAAUAUUUCCAUAGAACCUCAGACUGGUUUUGGUUGGAAGGGACCUUAAAGGCCAUCUUCCCCUGCCAGGAGCUGGGACACAUUUUGGAAGAGCCACACGAGUCUUGGGGUUUGGUGUGGGAACACCAGUGCCUGUUUGGCAAAGAAGUAUUACAAUUUGCAUUGGAAAUUGCCCUCAAGUAGGGGCAGUGCCAGCAGAUUGAGCUGACACCCAAAAGCACAACCCAGCAACUCCCUCCAACCCACAGCUGUGAGAUGGGUUCGGGAUGGGGAAACCUCGGGGCGCUGCGGGGCCAAACGCAGCCCUUUCCUCUCCUCCUCCCGUGCCCACGCAGGACAGCCAUGUGCGUGGGGAAGUGCAGCCGGAUCGUGGGUCCCUGCCUGCUGGUGCUGGGCACGCUCUCCACGGCAGCCAGCAUCCUCCUGCUCUUCCCGGGCGGAGCAUCCAAGUACCUGCUGGAGGGGCACAUCAGCGGCCACGCCCGGGCCGUGCCGGGGCUCUGGGGCGGCGGCAUCGCCGUGCUGCUGGCAGCGACCCACGUCACGGCGCUGGGGUGGCAGCGCUCCGGCUGCUCCGCCCGCCGCAGCGCGCUCCUCUCCGUGCUGCUCUCCAAGCUGGCGCUCCUGGGCGCCGCCGCCUGCUUCGUGCUCUGCGGGGUGGGGCUGACGAACGGCCCCCUCUGCCUCUACAACUCCUCCGAGCCCGGCCUGGGGCACGCAGCCCGCUGGGGAUACCCCUUCCUGGAUGCCUUGGACCAGGGGCCUGAUGCCAGGGCUGAGAAUUACCUGUACAAUCGGAGAGCCUGGAGCAUCUGCCUGGAGCCCGAGGGCAUCGUCCCCUGGCACAUCGUGCUGUUCUCCCUGCUGCUGCUCAUCAGCGUGGCCGAGAUGGUGCUGGCCUUGCUCCAGAUCCUCAAUGGCUGCCUCGGCUGCCUCUGUGGCUUCUGUGACGGCAAGUAGGGCCCGGUGGCGGUGCCAGGAGGAGGUGUCACCUCGGGUGUCACUUGGCACGUGCCACAGAGAGGGCACAGCAGGAGCUGUGACACCAGCCCAGUGCAAGAGCCCCGUGAGAGACUGAAGAGCCCCCGUGGGGGACGACACCCUGGGUGUUGGGGCAGCUGGUGGGGCUGAUGUGCCCAGGGCUGCUCCUGUGCAGACGCCCUGGCCCAGGCCAUGUCCCUUCCCUUGGGGCUGGUGGCCAUUUGGGGUUGGGAACUGGCCCGGUGAGGGGUGGAGGGGAGGACCUCCUAUCUGAUCAUGCAGGAUAUCUCCUCGAACCCAGUGUGUGUUAUGAAGCUUCACGGCAGGAGGUUUGUUCCAUCAUGAUCAGACAGAUUCAUUACAAGGGGGCUUCCUAGAGAACACAUAAACAUCACUUUUCCUAGAA